AGGUCAAAGAUUUGCCCGCGCUUUUCGGUUGCUUGUUCCUGGCCUACAAAAUAAGUGUUUUUAUCACGAGUUCACCGAAGUUUCGGUACAUUGCAGUUAUACAGGAUGGUGCAAGAGUUUCACGUCAUCCGCUGCUUUUCUUGUGAGACCUUCCAAGUCCACCAGGUUAAAAAGAGUAACAAGUGGAACUGUAAGUUGUGUGGGGCAAAGCAGUCUAUCAGAAAGGAGUAUGGGCGUGGUUCUGGGGCAGACUGUAGGAGACAUGUGCAGAAACUGAACAUGAUGAGAGCCACUCUGGACACUGCACCACCUGCAAGUGAUGACCAGGAGGUUUCACAACAGGAAUGGCAGGAACGCACAGAAGAUUCUCCAGAUCCACAGUAUGACUACACUGAAGAUUGUCAGAAGCCCAGUAAGUGGGAGAAGUUUACAGCGUCUACAGACAAGACUGAUGACAAUCAAGACCCUUCUGACUCUGAAGACCCCCAGUUCACAACUGACAAGAACAGAUUCCAACAGAGGAAGAGGAAAGGAAAAGGACAAAGUUCGCAGUCUUAUGACAGACCAGGCAAAAGACAGCGCUGCCAGGGUGCAGUACCAGAUGUACCUGCCAGGCCAUCAGUUGUCCAGACAUGUGCUACAGACUGGCAGCUUCCUACAGCUGAACAAGAGAAUUCUCCAACGUUUCAUGACCAAAGAGGUUAUUCUAAUAUCAACACUUCACACAACUUGUGGUACAGACGUCAACAUCAUGAAAACAACAUAGGGGGAAACACAGAACCUCAACCUACAGCAGUACACACAACAUGGCAACAAAAGUUACAUGCAACAAACUUGACACGCAAAAUUCAAAAUCAGGAUUUCACAGAAGGAAACACAGAACGUGAGAGUACAGCCCAACCAAGGUGGCAACACUCACAUACAACAAACAUGACACACUCCAAAGUUGCACUGUCGGAAACCUCGAAAAUAAAACAUGAAGAAAGAGAGGAAGUGAAGUUUAGGAAUAAAGAGAGUUGGAAAGACCUAGACAAAAAUAAUGACGACAGAAGUGUAGACAGACAAAUGCCUAACCUGGCUAUUAAAGAGCAGAAGGGUCAAAGGUCAUUGACCUCUAAUUUUGGGUCAAGUUCACGAUGGAGCAGGUUCACCAGUAAGGCUGUAGAUGAUGAUGAUGAUGAUGACGAGGCUCAACAGGUACAUGUAGAAAGCUACGGUAGUAACCAACCAAAUGAUAGCAGCAGCUCCAAAUGUGAUAUUUUGAGUGCACAAUUUACUGCAAAUGAAGGUAAUGUAGAACAAGAUAGUAGUUUGAAAGAGGUGUUGAGUUAUUAUAGUGAUGAUCCCGCCAUUGAAACAUGCCAUCACCCAAUGAUGGUAAAGCCCUGCAGUGACCCACAGGGUGAUGUGAAGACCAGGAUGACUGGUGAUGUACAGACCUGUGGAGUGUCUGAGCUGAGAACAGGGUUCUGUACAGGGGAGGACCUGGAUCAGGUACUGGGGGAGGACAUUUGGGACGUGUGAUAUAAGG